CGGGGGAUGGGAAAGCCGUCAACUGCGCCUCGCGGCUGAGGGCGCGGAAGUUUCUGGAGCAGCGAGUGGGGCGGUCAGUGCGGCGCGGCCAGGCCGGCGGUCACCGGCGGUCACCGGGGCAAGAGUCAAGAAAGAAAUCAUCUGAGGUCGUUCCAUGAUUGAUGCAGAACAUCUCAACCAGCAGAAAGCAUUAUUGCAGAGAAGCUCACUAAACAGACCGGGUCAAACAUACAUUAAGAUUCACAUGACCUGUGCUCAUUCAGGCAGCAGUGAGGAGGUGGGCCGAGCGGUUUGCGUCGUGGGACAAUGGAGCAGAACUCUGUAACUCAGUAUGAGCCUGUGGCCGAGAUCGGUGGUGGAGCAUAUGGGACAGUUUACAAGGCACGGGACUCGAGGAGUGGAAAAUUUGUGGCUCUCAAAAUCGUGCGGGUGCAGAUGGGGGAGGAUGGUUUACCCGCGACAACUGUGAGGGAGGUGGCCCUACUGAAACGCCUGGAGCACUUUGACCAUCCCAACAUUGUGAGGCUGUUUGACGUGUGCACUGCAAUGAGGACGGACAAAGAAACCAAGGUCACUCUGGUGUUUGAGCACAUCGAUCAGGACCUGAAAACAUACCUAGAGAAAGCGCCUUCACCUGGGCUACCAGCAGAGACUGUGAAGGCUCUGAUGAAGCAGUUACUCAGCGGCCUGGAAUUCCUGCAUUUACACAGUGUGGUGCACCGCGACCUGAAGCCUGAGAAUAUCCUGGUGACCAGCCGUGGGCAGGUCAAGCUGGCAGAUUUUGGCCUGGCUCGUAUCUACAGCUGUCGAAUGGCCCUGACACCUGUGGUGGUGACCUUGUGGUACCGAGCCCCAGAGGUGCUCCUGCAAUCUACCUAUGCCACUCCUGUUGACCUGUGGAGCACUGGCUGUAUAUUUGCUGAGAUGUUUCAGAGGAGGCCUCUGUUUCGUGGUAACUCAGAGUUUGACCAGCUGGCGAAGAUUAUCGAAAAAACUGGGCUCCCACUGGAGGAUGACUGGCCAAAGGAUGUGACGAUACAAAGAAGCUCAUUCGCCCAACAAUCUGCUCAGUUGGUCAAGACGUAUGUUCCUGAAAUUGAUGACCUGGGAGCAAGCUUGCUGUUGGAUUUGCUGACAUUCAGCCCAUAUAAAAGAAUCUCAGCAUUUGAGGCUCUUCAGCACCAUUACUUCCACGAAUGUGAUCCCGAGGCCUGAGGUGGUGAGUGGUGGCCUACAGACUUGGAACUGUAUAUGGAUUGCCUGGGAGACUGACUGACAUGGCUGCCACUGACCUGUCCUGGAGAGGGGAGGGGGUGAGGUCAACAUUAACCAGUUGAGGACUGUUGGUAGUUUCUGAGAUUUUUUUUAUCUUGGCCAAACUGUUUGUAAAACUGCCGAAUGUGACAGGUAUUUUGGGGGUCAAUUUUAACCAAAAUUGAAAAUGAACUGACCACGAAAUGUAUCCUGUGUGCUGCGGAAAACAGGUUUUAAUCAAAUCCCAAACUGUUGCUAGGAGUCCUCAGAGGGUUAAUGGGAUGAUUGACCCUUACGUCGUGCUCUCUCUCUCUCUUACACCCCCUCCUCCAAGCCCUUGCGUUUCCCAUCCACUUUAUCUCCAGUUUAUCUCCAAUAUCGCUGUUGUUGCACACUGAUGCUCAAAAAUGGUGCCAUUUAAGGAUUGGGAGAUGAGAUAUUCUUUCCUUCUCCCUCCCCAACCCACCCUCCAUCAUACAACCUUUCCUUACCUAUACGCCGUACUCUCUCUGUGCCAGAGUUGGUGACUCCAAGUGAACAGGUCUGGAGGGUUACUUUAGAAGCAGGUAAAUAAGACUCUCUAAUCUGCGCUAAUUUCCUUUCAGACAGUGUGAAAGGCUGGCAGGCAGUUAGGUUGUGUUGAAGUGGUUAGCUUAGGCUACGUCGGGGUGAGGGGUUAGGGUUAGGCUUUGUUUGGGGGGGUGGGGGGGGGGUCUGAUACAGGGUCCACUUGGAGAGUGAAAAGACUUAGAGAAAGUGUUCUGUGCUGUUUUAAUAAAAUUCAUUCCAUGAGUACAGAGCUAAGAGGAGCUCAAACCCUUUUAAUUCUUUGUAACUUAAGAUGCUCGCUACACAGUCCUUAGUCAUGUUUACAGCCUUUCGUCAAUCACCUGCCCAAGUAGCCACAUCCAGAGAAGCCUCUGUUUAGAAGAAUCCUCCAAGUGUAAAGUGGGGAGAAUGUCCAGACAUUUCCUCAUAAACAGGAUUCAGCUCCAUUUGAGUAUUUCUGCUCUGCUGCCGAGAUGCUUGUGAACAGCUUUGUUCCUCCCCGUGUGUCACUUUAUUACCACAUGUAUGUGGCCUCAGAAACACACAUUUUUAUUGGUUAAAUCUUUCACCACUCGGUGUAGCACAAAUUCCUUUCCUUCUCUCCCCCCCCCCACCGACAAAUAUAACAGCAGCUUAGCUUCUAUUAUCCUGCUCAGCCGCAGUCAGCAGCCUUAUCGUCUUUAUUUACCUGAACGGGCUUCCCAUUAUGAUCUGCAGAGUGUGUGUGUGGUGGGGGAGAGUAUUUUGGGGACAGGGAAUGAUUUGGGCUCACAGCAUACAAGUGCUAUAAUGACACGCUUUUUGGGUGAUUGGCAAAUUCGAGAUGUCACCUGGUGACUGUUUCAGUGCUCGGUUGCUCUGAGAGCCUGACCCACCCGUCCUGAGUAUUUCCCAGUGUUAUUGCACCAGGUGUAAAGCUGAUUUCCUCUGCAGUUGGCCCGUUUGCCUCACGAUUAGAUUGGUCUGGGAUCCACAGCCACUGCCUGUCCACCUCCCAUCAAUUGCUAAGACCUGGGGAUAAGUGGCUGCAACGAUAGAUGAAUUCAGCCAUUCAUAUGUGCCUUUAUCUUCACGAGCACCAGUGUGAGCCAGUCAAAACAUACACCACAAGAUUUAGUGGCUUUGAACCACCGUGUUGCAUUGAUCUCUGCCUGGGAGUCGUUUGUUACAGUUAAUGUGGAGCAUUUAAAAUUGAUCGGGGUUGUUAUAUGUCUGUCUUACAUUUUUGUCGGAUAUUCUGCUAAGCUGCAAGUUCAUGUUUUAUAUCAAUAUCAUGUCUGGUGCUUAACUGUACAUUUUAUAGACUCUUUGCCAUGUUCUGUGGCUCUGUCUAACUAAAGUCUCCCCAAGUAAAUCACAUGCUGAUUUGGGAGGAUUUGGCUACAGCAAGUGACCUUGGAUAAUUAUCUGCCGAUGAAAAGAAUUUCCUAUGAAAGAAUUUAGCUUCCAUACCUGAAAUGAAAUAUAUCUGCUUAGAUGCACAAACCAAAUUGUUGUGUGUGAUGUGAAUCCUGGUCAUUUUGUGUGUCUAUGCUUCUACAUUGUGUGGUAAGUUAGGCCAAUCACUUAAAUAGACAAUAAAAUCUCUAGGAAAACA